UGUACAUGUACGCUCUUUUGAAAGGCACAACCUUGAUGGAGCUAUGCCACCGAUACCUACAGCUCCAGUGACCGCGUGGAAUCACCGAAUAGUUUGCUACUUUCAGACAUAUCAUCAUAACGGCGAAUAUGUAUCAUUACUUCCGCUCAUUACAAACCCUUCCGGUGUCACCCAUGUCAUCCUUGCCGCUAUCCACGUGAAUUGGGAUCCCGAAAAUCUGACACUGAACGAUGAUCCGCCAGAUCACGAGAGAUAUACCCAGCUCUGGGAUGAAGUGGUCGUUCUGCAGGACUCUGGCAUUAAAGUCUUGGGCAUGCUAGGUGGCGCCGCCCGUGGAAGUUUCGCGAGACUGGACUACAGCGAGGGCAGGACGGACGUACCUCUCGCACGUUUUGAGGCGUACUAUAUCCCUCUGCGAGAUACGAUACGGAAAUAUGGGCUGGACGGACUGGAUCUGGACAUUGAAGAGCCAAUGUCACUGCCCGGAGUUAUCCACCUGAUUGAUCGGCUGAAAAGCGACUUCGGACCAAAUUUCAUCAUCACCCUCGCACCAGUCGCAACCGCUCUCAUGGCAGGACGACCUCAUUUGUCAGGAUUUGACCACCGACUGCUGGAGGCGGCCAGGGGAAGGAGUAUCUCGUGGUACAAUGCACAAUUCUACAACGGAUGGGGCGGAAUGAACACACCGGACGCUUAUGAUGAGAUUAUGCGCAAUGGCUGGCCUGCCGAAAAGGUGGUCGCUGGCAUGUUGACAAAUCCCAAACACGGUGGGAGUGGCUAUGUCCCGUUGGAGUUAUCAGCCGCUGUGCUCAGCUUGUUGGUUGAGAGAUAUCCUAAUUUUGGGGGUGUCAUGGGCUGGGAAUACUGGGAUGCUUUGCCUCAGGAGGAAAACUGCUGGAUGUGGGCGUACGCCAUGGGGUUGUGUAUGGGCAUGAAGAGGGUGAGGGACGCUGCGAUCAUUGUACAGAUGGGCAGGAACUUGGCGUCGACUCACGUCAAUCAAUGACAAGAGCUGGGCAUUGAUUGAGCAUAGACUGUACCUGUACCGCGAAGCUAAACGUCUUCCUAUGCAUAGGAUUACUCGAUGAUGAGCAUUGCGGCCAACAAAG